AUGGACCUCACGACUGCUUACCGAUACAACCAGAACAUGAUGGAGUAUUACACCUGUCACGGCGGUGUCAACCAGCUCGGCGGUGUCUUCGUGAACGGAAGGCCGCUACCGGAUGUAGUCAGGCAGAGGAUCGUCGAGAUGGCGCACAGCGGCACCCGACCGUGCGACAUUUCGAGGCAACUCAGGGUAUCUCACGGCUGUGUCUCCAAGAUACUGUCGAGGUAUUACGAGACCGGUAGCUUCAAGGCUGGCGUGAUAGGAGGCUCUAAGCCGAAGGUGGCGACGCCGCCGGUCGUCGACGCGAUCGCCAACUACAAGAGGGACAAUCCGACCAUGUUCGCGUGGGAGAUCAGGGACAGAUUGCUGGCCGAGGGCAUUUGCUCGCAGGACAACGUGCCAUCCGUCUCCUCCAUCAAUCGGAUCGUGAGGAACAAGGCGGCGGAGAAGGCGAAGCACGCGCAUCAGCAACAGCAGGCGCAGCAGCAGCAAGGUCAGCAACAAGGUCAGCCGGGAUCGGGCGGUUCUGUGUCGGUGAUAGCACAUGCACCUGCGACGGCGGCAGGCCAUCCCGCUGCCACCGCUCCCAACGCCUACAGCAUCAGUGGCAUCUUGGGCAUCCCGGUGCACCACCAGGAUCCGAAUGGCAACAGCAUCAAGAGGAAACGCAGCGAUGACGACGACAAUCGCGACCUGAACGACCACGCCGAGAACGACCUGAAGAGGCAGAGAAGCAACUACAACGGCGACCAGCUUUACUCGAACCUGUGGUCGAGUAAAUGGAGCAUCAAGGACGAGCACAAGUUCCUGAGCGAGCUCGGCGGCGGAGGCGGCGGUGCGACCGGCGGCACGAACGGCGGCGGAACCGGCGGCGGCGGCGGCGGCGGCGGUGGUAGCGCCGCCGGCGGNGGGAACGCUAUUGCCACCUCCGCCGAGCUGUACGACUCCCUGGGCACCAUCAGCACGAUGACGCAAGCGCAAACUCCCCAUCUCUACACCCCGCCCAUAGGGGGCACCAUAGCAGGUGGUACUUUGACGCCGCUCGCGCCACUGACGAUGCAAGAACUAAAAUUGAGCCAAACAUUGGACGGGGCUAACAUGUCUCCUUACCACACCACCGCAGAGAGCAGUACCGUCGCAGUAUCGUAUGUAGGGGUGGGGGCCGGUGGGGGCGAGCAAAGUCCCCCGAUUUCGUUGCAGAACGAGACAAACGCCACCCCCGCGGCCCCCAAUACCUCCGGAGGGGAUCCCGGACUGACGGUCUUGCAGCCGCCAGUUUCUCAGCCCCAGGUAGCCUCUGCGAUACCGCCGUACUCGACGAUGCUACCAAGUUUCGGACACUACGCUACCGGUGGUGGCGAUUACGCGUACAGCGCUGCGUAUUCCCAGUACUCGAGCGCGCCGUACAGCGGCUACGGUUAUGGGGCGGCGACAAGCGGGUUGCUCAACUCCACGUACUACUACUGCAACGGGGACACGUCCACCCACACGUCGCAGCAGGGCGGCGGGUGCAGCAGCGGUGGUCCGGAGAGCAGCGCCGACGUGGCCAGUCGCUCGCCUCUGGCGGCCACCAGAGCCAGCAGCGGUGCCAGCGCGGCCUCGCCGACCGGAAGCGCCUGCACGAAGCCGGACCACACCUCCACGCCGACGGACCUCUACCUGGCUUGAUGGUCAACCGGUAACAAUCGCACGGGGGAACGGCCGCCGGCGGCUGAAUAUCCGUCAGUGGGCACGAGCGGGCUAGCCGGCUGCGACAACGGACGCCAUAUCACGAAGAGACACCACGUCGAAAUAAAGCAAUGAUCUCCUUCCCAACCGCUCUGGGAAGUCCCGUUCUCGGCGGGAGCGCGCGGGGCCGCUCACCGGCGGCCGUGGCGACGUAACCGUGCCGGGGAGGAUUUGGCGGCGAAGAUCGUGGGACAACCCGUUCUCCGCGCCGACGAACCGCUGGAUCAGUGAUCAAUCUCCGGGGGGAACUUUGAAAAGAUUCCAGGAGUGGACGCGCGCUCUCGGGCUUGCGAACUCGGUCGCGCUCUCAGGGUGGUGGACGACACAGGCCGCGGGGUUCGAAGAUCGCGCUGACGACGAGCUAAUAAGGGUUGCGCUCGCACGACGCGCAAGAGCGUACGUGAGAACUCGACGGCGCGGCAUCGCGCCGUUUCCCCGAUAUUAUCACGCGUCUCGCCUCUCUGCGUUUUAUUUAUUUGCUGUGAUCCGAAGAGAGAGAGACCAUCAUCACCAUCAUCACCACCGGCGGACCGACUCCGAGAGAGAGCCGGCCGCGCGUCGGGGAACGGCGCCGCCGCUCUUCUUGCUGAGCGCGCGCCGGUAGGUAGUUUAAUUUAAUGAUCCUCAGUUAGCGUAAUUUUCACGCGAUGGUCGCGACCGCCCUCGCGAGCGUGGCGCGCUGACGCGUGCCGCGAAGCCGCCUAGUCGGGGAGCGCGCACGCGGCAUUCGCGCGCGUGCGCGCUCGCCGAGGCGAGCGCAGUCGGCG